AUGCCUGUGCUUGCGUCCUCCCCCUACCCGGCGUACCCACCGUUCCCCGAAGACGUCCCGACUCACCCUCUCCUUACCAUUGAUUAUAAUCUCAUCAAAGGGGGUGAUGAGAAGGAGAAGGACAGGUUAUUCGUCGCGGCCACUACGGCUGGUUUCUGGUACCUCAAGAAUCAUGGUCUUGACGAAGAGUUGGACGAAAUGUUCAACCUAGGCAUUCAAGUCAUGAAGGCACCUCUGCCAGAGCUCAUGAAAUACGAGCAAGGGGAUUCCGGCCUGUCUGCUGGCUACAAGGCAGCUGGCGCAUACAUUACUGAUCGCACUGGAGGGAAAGACGCCGUUGAAUUUAUGAACAUCACCCAAGACGAUGUGUUCGCUUGGCCGAAAGUAGUUCGGUGUUCGUAUCCAUCCAUCGUGGAAGCCUCCAUGGAAUCGGUCAUACGGCCAUUCUCUCGGAAGGCAAUUGACUUGAAUCUGGUUUGCAUGGAUGUCCUUAACGACAAAUUGGGCUUCCCACCAGGCAAAUUCAGGGAAUUGCACAAGGUGGACGCGCUGAGCACGAGUGAAGCCAGAAUUGUCAGAACACCUCCACCUCCGCCGGGAGGCUGGAAUAAGAAUGUUGCGUUGGGAGCACAUACAGAUUUUGGUUCAAUGAGCCUUGUGCACAAUCGCCUCGGAGGUCUCCAAGUCUACGCAAAAGGCUCCGAUAGAUGGCAGUAUGUUAAGCCGCUUCCUGGCCACGUCGUGUGUAACGUAGGUGAUACCUUGAAUAUCCUUAGUGGGGGAGUUCUGCAGUCAAAUCUACAUCGUGUUGCGCUACCGCCCGGCGCGCAGUCUGCCUUUGAGCGGUGCUCCGUUACCUAUUUUACACGGCCAAGUGAUGAUGUCGUCCUCCGUGCCCUGACCGAAGACAGCCCGCUCGUGGCGGAAGCCGCGUCGAAAAACAACCAAGAAACAGGGAUGAACUUUGAACCAGGCGUCACCGCUGGUCAGUGGGUGGCGAGGAGAAUCAAAUACGUUAGAGUGAACAAUCAUAAGUCUCCCGAAGACUGGUUCUCUGCCCGCGGCACAGAGCAUCAGCCGUUAAUCACUUGA